AUGGCCCGAACCUCCAUAUGGGAGGUGCGUGAGUGGUCGGUGGUGAGAUGCUGGAGGGGGACGGAGGGAGAGGAGGAGGAGGAGGAGGAGGAGGAGGAGGAGGAGGAGGAGGAGGAGGAGGAGGAGGAGGAGGAGGAGGAGGAGGAGGAGGAGGAGGAAGGGGGGGACGGGGAGGAAGAGGAAGGGGGGGACGGGGAGGAAGGCAUGAGUGCUUUUGGUGGACUGAACACAAAGGAGAGCAGUUGA